CGUCCGAGUGACUCAGCCCGUGCCAGGAAGGGGGAGUCGGCUCAGCUCUCCAGAGCUCCCGGACAGCAACCGGAUCCCAGCCGGCUCCUGGAACGCUAGGACAGGCCACCGCAGCGAGCAGCCAGGACUACGGGACGGAAGCCUCUCUUCCCGUUCCGCCCCACCUUCCUCCGGACCACAACCACCCCAGCCCAUCUCUGGGACGCGGCCGCGGUGGCUAGAGCGCUGCUGGCGCCGUGGGGGCCAUCCCAGUCCUGGCCCCGACGGCGCCCACAGAACCUGCGACAGCCGUCCGAGGCCGAUGUACCAGGUGAGCGGCCAGCGGUCCUCUCGCUGCGACGCACCCCAUGGAGCCCCCAGCGCAGCCCCGGGCCCAGCCCAGACCCUAUCCCUCCUUCCUGGGCUGGAGGUAGUAACAGGAUCCACUCACCCUGCAGAGGCAGCGCCAGAGGAGGGCUCUCUGGAGGAGGCGGCAACCCCCAUGCCCCAAGGCAAUGGCCCUGGGGUCUCCCAGGCCUUGGACAGCACUGACCUCGAUGUCCCCACAGAAGCUGUGACAUGUCAGCCUCAGGGGAACCCCUUGGGCUGCACCCCACUACUGCCGAAUGGCUCUGGCCACCCCUCAGAGCUAGGCAGCACCAGACAGGCGGGGAAUGGUGCCCUGAGUGGCCCCAAGGCCCAUCGGAAGUUGCAGACACACGCAUCUCUUGCCAGCCAGGGCAGCAAGAAGAGUAAGAGCAGCACCAAAUCCACCGCCUCCCAGAUCCCCCUCCAGGCACAGGAAGGGAGGAAAAAAGACCAUGUAGCAGAACAAAAUGGUGCCGGGGCAGGGCUGCAAGGUGCAAUGGGAGGUCAGAGUAUCGAAACUCCCAGACAGCUGUUGUGCCUGCAACACAAAGAUCUCCGCUGGGCUGCAGGGCAGCCAGCCCCCUCCUCACCAGCCAUCAGACUGCUGUGUCCACUGCAUCCUGUCCUGCCUGUUCUGCGAGUUCCUGACGCUGUGCAACAUUGUCCUGGACUGCGCCACCUGCGGCUCCUGCAGCUCAGAGGACUCGUGCCUCUGCUGCUGCUGCUGCGGCUCCGGCGAGUGUGCUGACUGCGACCUGCCCUGCGACCUGGACUGCGGCAUCCUGGACGCCUGCUGCGAGUCCGCAGACUGCCUGGAGAUCUGCAUGGAGUGCUGUGGGCUCUGCUUCUCCUCCUGAGCCUCUGUCGGGGACCGGGCCAGCCGGGCACCCCUGCAGAUUCCAGCAGGGUCCCCUGAUUGGGGCCAGGCCUAGGACUGUCACACAAGGCUUCUGAAGGCCCCUUGUCUCUGGUCCUCUCUCACCCACCUAUGUCCUCUCAGAACCCCAGCCUUGAAAAUGGUGGGGGCGUGCUCAGAGGGGCUGUUUCAGCUGUGGGUGGUGGGCCCACGGCAGAGAAGCCUGAACUCUUCAGUGGGUUACCAGGGACACACAUCACCAAAGAGCUGGUGGGACAACCUAAGGGCAGGGCUGGGGUGGGGGCUGCAGGGGGCCAGCCAGGGCUACAGAACACUGUGAAAGUUACCUGGGGAGGGUGGGUUGGUGGGGCCGUGGCUCUCUACCUCUCCCUGCUCCUGGCGCCCGCCUCUCUGCACCACCUCGGGCUUAGAGGACAGCAAAUGUGAAAAGAGACGCCCCACCCUCCCUCAGCCAGCCGUCUCCAGUCUCCUAUCCUAGGCUUUUGUGGGGGCCUAACCCAUGCAGUGACCCCAGAAAGCAGGGCUAGGCAAGGCCUUUGGGUAGGGUGGGAGGGGGAACAGUAUGGAAAAGACUGGAAUGGGAAAGGGAGGGAAGGGAGGGAGGGUCUGUUCUAUUUGUUGUUGUAAAUAAAGAUAUUUGUCCGUCUCAG